AUGAGUUCUUCAUCAGGCUCUCGUGAACCUUCACCAUCUAUGAAACAAACUUUACCAAACGAUUAUGGAGCACCUAUUGAAUAUUUCUUACGAGCUGCACAAUGGCAAAGAGCAGUCUCACCAAGGUUAGGUGUUCCACCAGCUCCUGUCAAAAAUAGCAUUUGGUCAAGUCCUUAUAUAAGAUAUGGUCUCCCACUAGGUUUGCUAGCUACAGCAGGAGCAGUUAUGAUGUUGAAAAGAAAUAAAGCAAAUGUUGUAAAUAAUACUGAAGUAGCUGAAGUUAAACAAACUCCAACACCUUCACAAGCAAAACCUUCAAUGACUCCUGAACCUAUGGAAGUACAAACUCCUGUUCAAAAGUCAACUCCUAAACCGACUCCAACAUUUAAACCAGAACCUACUCCUCAAAUAAAUCGUAAAACUCCUGCGUUUCCUUACUGA